CAUAUAUUAUUUUUGGACGAAGAGAUGGCAAAACUGUAAUUCAAAGAGGAGUUCACUAAACGUGCAAGCGUCCUCUCUCCCACUCUUCUUUGUCACACACGCAGAAAUCGCAUCCUUCUUUUGCUCCUCUUCCUUAAGGCAAAUCUCAUUCAGAUCGUCUCAUCUGCAAAGAAAAAUAAAUAUUUAAUUUGGUUAGUUUCUCCUCGAAAUUUGGAUGUGCUGUCGUUUCCAAUGGAGCCAAUUCUUAGGAAAAUCUCAGCGGCGCCUUGGCCGGUUCUUGUACAAGCCGCCACGUGGACAUUGCUUAUAAUGCUGACGGUGGGUUUUGCGUCUUUCGCACCAGAGAUGGCGUUUGUGUCUACAUUGUCAUCUUCCUCAAAUCUCUGCGACGGAGGAAAUGGGUUGGUGAGGAUUCCAAUUGAUUUACCGGGAGAGAUGGUGUGCGUGCCGUCUGAAACAGUUAAGCGAUCAGCUUUCGACCUUUUCGUGCCGACGAUAUUCGCAGGAGUUAUGGUCGUUGCAUCAGUCUCUCUAAUCCGAUCGUGUUUUGGGAUGGAAACCCACAUAUAACGUAAUCCAAUGUAGAAACUAGUGUCUCGAGUCACUACCUUAAUACACUCUUUUUUUUUUUUUUGACAACCU